GCUCCUUAGAAGCAGGAGUGUUCAACUCCCUCCAUGCCAGCUGCCGCAAAGGCCACACCUUCUCCAUAGUCCAUACCCUCCUUUUUUGACAGUUUCAUAAUCACUUCUCUUAAACCUCUCCAACCAAAACCCUAAAAUCGUCAUCAGAUGCAUCUCAGUUCUUGAAAACAAGCACUGCAACACAAAAAACCCCCGGGAAAAAAUGCCCUGUUACUCCGCCAUUUUUCAGGGCUUUUUCCGAACAACCGCCAUGUCGCUAAGACCCACUUCCCUACCGUUCCACAAAUCCUCUAAAACCAUAAUAAGACCCUCCCUUAUUCCUUUCAUUUCGAGGACCCAGGCGCCGGCUUUUCUUAGGAGUCUGCAUUUCAAGCCUCUUCUAGUCAGGUGCGGUGUUGAUGGUCUCACUUGCUCCCGAGCUGCUUCUAGGACUCUUGGGUUCGAUUGGAGGACUGGUUCCUUGCCUCAUUUGCUGCAGCAGAGCUCCAGCUAUGGGCGGUUCGCGUAUGAUGAUAUGUCCAGCGAUGAUUCUGAUCGUGAAUUGGGGUCUCCGCAGUCGCAAAUGUGUGCUUCAACACUUGAUAAUAUUGAUGAGUGGCGAUGGAAAUUGACCAUGUUUCUACGCAAUGAAGAUCAACAAGAAGUUGUGUCAAGGGAAAGAAAGGACAGGCGUGACUUUGAGCAAAUUUCAGCUUUAGCAACCAGAAUGGGUUUACAUUGCCGUCAAUAUGCAAAAGUAGUUGCUUUCAGUAAAGUGCCACUGCCAAAUUAUAGAUCUGAUCUUGAUGAUAAGCGUCCGCAAAGAGAGGUGAUCUUACCGUUUGGCCUGCAAAGAGAAGUUGAUCUGCAUCUUAGAUCUUUCCUUUCUCAAAAGGCUAGGAAAAGUGAUAACUUUUCUGAUAAAUCCCCCUUGAGAACAAGCAGUGGUGGAAAAUUGGCCUCUGAUGGAGGAUCAGACAUGCAGCGGGAUCCCUUUAUGCAGAACAGUGCUGUCAUGGAUAGAGUCCUGCAUCGGAGAAGUUUGCAAAUACGUAAUAAGCAACAAGAGUGGCAGGAAUCUCCUGAAGGCCUAAAGAUGCUUGAAUUUCGUAAAAGUCUUCCUGCAUAUAAAGAAAGGGAUGCGUUACUAAACACAAUUUCUCAAAAUCAGGUUCUUGUUGUUUCUGGUGAAACUGGUUGUGGUAAAACCACACAACUUCCUCAGUACAUAUUAGAGUCUGAGAUUGAAGCUGCUCGUGGAGCUUCCUGCAGCAUAAUUUGUACUCAGCCUAGAAGAAUAUCUGCCAUGGCUGUUUCUGAAAGAGUUGCAGCUGAAAGAGGAGAGAACCUGGGAGAAUCUGUUGGUUAUAAAGUACGGCUAGAGGGAAUGAAGGGGAGGGAUACCCGUCUUCUUUUCUGUACCACUGGAAUUUUACUUAGGAGGUUACUUGUUGACAGAGAUUUGAAAGGUGUAACUCAUGUUAUUGUUGAUGAAAUCCAUGAACGUGGAAUGAAUGAAGAUUUUCUUCUUAUUGUCCUGAAAGACCUUCUUCCUCGCCGACCUGAUUUGAGGUUAAUUUUGAUGAGUGCAACGUUAAAUGCGGAGCUCUUUUCUUCUUACUUUGGUGGUGCCCCAACAAUCCAUAUCCCAGGUUUUACAUACCCAGUUCGAGCUUAUUUUCUGGAGAAUAUUCUGGAGAUGACCGGGUACCGGUUGACCCCAUUUAAUCAAAUUGAUGAUUAUGGUCAAGAAAAGAUAUGGAAAAUGCAAAAACAAGCUCAAACUUUCAAAAAGAGGAAGUCCCAGAUAGUUUCUGUUGUUGAGGAUGCCGUUGAAGCUGCUGAUUAUAGGGGGUAUGGUCUGCGGACUCGGGAGUCUUUGGCCUGUUGGAAUCCUGACUCAAUAGGUUUUAACUUCAUUCAGCAUGUGCUCUGUCAUAUAGUGAGUAAAGAGAGACCUGGUGGUAUUUUGGUUUUUAUGACUGGUUGGGAUGAUAUAAACUCUCUAAAGGAUCAGCUCCUAGCUCAUCCUCUCCUAGGGGAUCCUAGCAAGGUUUUGUUGCUUGCAUGCCAUGGUUCUAUGCCUAGCUCUGAGCAGAGAUUGAUAUUUGAAAAGCCUGAGGAUGGAGUGAGGAAAAUAGUUCUAGCUACUAAUAUGGCUGAGACUAGCAUUACCAUCAAUGAUGUGGUUUUUGUAGUUGAUUGUGGGAAGGCAAAAGAAACAUCAUAUGAUGCACUGAAUAACACUCCUUGUCUGCUUCCAUCCUGGAUCUCUAAGGCUUCUGCCCGGCAGAGAAGAGGAAGAGCUGGUCGUGUUCAACCUGGCGAGUGUUAUCAUCUCUAUCCAAGAUGUGUAUAUGAUACAUUUGCUGAUUAUCAGCUGCCAGAACUUUUAAGAACUCCAUUGCAGUCUUUAUGUUUGCAAAUCAAAAGUCUAGAACUUGGAGGUAUCACAAAGUUCCUGUCUAGGGCAUUGCAGCCUCCAGAACUUUUGUCGGUACAAAAUGCAGUUGAAUAUUUGAAGAUUAUUGGGGCUUUGGAUGAGAAUGAGAACUUAACAGUACUAGGACGCAACUUGUCAAUGCUUCCAGUUGAGCCUAAACUUGGAAAAAUGCUCAUACUAGGGGCUAUCUUCAACUGUUUGGAUCCAGUGAUGACCAUUGUUGCUGGGCUUAGUGUCAGAGAUCCAUUCCUUACGCCAUUUGACAAGAAGGAUCUUGCAGAAUCGGCAAAAGCACAGUUCUCUGGUCGGGAGCACAGUGACCACCUUGCUCUAGUCAGGGCUUAUGAGGGUUGGAAAGAAGCUGAAAGACAGCAGUCUGGUUAUGAGUAUUGUUGGAAGAAUUUUCUUUCUGCACAAACUCUUAAAGCAAUUGACUCUCUCCGCAAGCAAUUCUUUUAUUUACUCAAGGAUAGUAGUCUCAUAGAUCAAAACAUUGAAAAUUGCAAUACCUGGAGUCAUGAUGAGCAUCUAGUUCGAUCAGUCAUCUGUGCAGGCUUGUUUCCUGGAAUAUGCUCUGUUGUGAACAAGGAGAAGUCAAUUGCACUCAAAACAAUGGAGGAUGGCCUAGUGCUUCUCUACUCGAACUCCGUGAAUGCUGGAGUACCCAAAAUUCCAUACCCGUGGCUAGUUUUCAAUGAAAAGGUGAAGGUGAAUGCAGUUUUCCUCCGGGAUUCAACUGGUGUGUCUGAUUCUGUGCUUCUCUUAUUUGGAGGGAAUAUUUCUAGAGGUGGACUGGAUGGACAUCUAAAAAUGUUGGGAGGAUAUUUGGAGUUUUUCAUGAACCCUUCUUUAGCGAAUACAUAUCUAAGCUUGAAGAGAGAACUCGAGGAACUAAUUCAGAAGAAACUUCUGAACUCCAAGCUGGAUAUGCAACCAUACAGUGAGCUCCUGUCUGCAGUAAGAUUGGUGGUUUCAGAGGACCAGGGUGAAGGCAGAUUUGUCUUUGGUCGACAAUUGCCAGCAUCUCCAAAGAAAACAGAAAAAAUGGCCCCAUCAGGUAAAGGGGACGGUGAUAAUUUUAAGAAUCAUCUACAAACACUGCUUACCAGGGCUGGACAUGGGGCACCUAUCUAUAAGACAAAACAACUGAAAAACAACCAGUUUCGGUCUACUGUGUGCUUCAAUGGGCUAGACUUUGUGGGUCAGCCUUGCACCAGUAAGAAACUUGCAGAAAAGGAUGCGGCUGCUCAGGCUCUGUUAUGGAUGAAAGGUGAAAACCAUUCGUCUUUGAGAGAUAUUGACCACAUGUCAAUGCUUUUGAAAAAGAGCAAAAGCAAAAAAAGAAGGGGAACUUCAAAUUAUGAUGCUAAGUGGAGUUAGAACUUAAAAGUGACCUCUAAGAAGAUUUAUGUGGUGUGGGUAGCAGUAGCAUUCUUCAAUAAGGAUGAAGGACUCAUUGUGAAGAGUGGCGGCUGACCAUAGUACAUAAAGAUACGGAUUCAACUUUUACCUUAUGACAGGCAAACCGCAUGUGAUGGAAUUUACGAAAGCUCCUGACUUGUUUGUACCCUUGUUUUUGGAAUGGGAUUGGAGAUAAUAUAUCCUUCAGAGUAAGUUGGAGGUCUCUAUCUGGUUUAAGACGAGAGAAUGUAGGUUUCCAAAUUGUGCUACUUAUCCCAAGUCAGAGAUCAUAUCUAUACAGACCUACAACCGUGAAAGGUGAGCAUCAUCACUCUAGCUAGCUUAUUGUUGCUGGUAGAGUAAGGAUAUUUCUUGAUAACAGAAUAGAGUUAGGAUUAUAGACUCGUAUAAGUAAAGCAAAAGUCACUGAUUGUAUAAUCAUUUCUGUAUGUAUUUACUAUUUUUUUUUAAUAAAGCAUCGUGAAGAAGCCCGAUUUUGUUGCUUGAAUAAUGAUCCUCCUUUUGA